AUGGCUAAGAGAACGAAGAAGGUCGGGAUCACCGGUAAGUACGGCGUGCGUUACGGUUCGUCGCUGAGGAGACAGGUCAAGAAGCUGGAGGUGCAACAGCACGCUCGCUACGACUGCUCGUUCUGCGGCAAGAAGGCGGUGAAGCGCGGCGCUGCGGGUAUCUGGAACUGCAGCUCGUGCAAGAAGACUGUGGCCGGUGGUGCGUACACGUUCUCCACGGCUGCCGCCGCGACCGUGCGCUCCACGAUCCGCAGACUGCGCGAGAUGGCCGAGGCCUAA